GCUUUGGGAAAGGUAUUUAGGCUCAUUGCCAAUUGCGGGGGGUUUUCACUUUUGUUGCAUCUUUGGCAAGUGAACGUUGUGUGGUGUUAACAAGUUGUGUACGGAAGUUCUUUGUGAUUGAGAGAGGAGAAAGAAAAUGCUUCAGAGGAGAUUAUACAUUUCCUUGGCAUUCCUGUGUGUGGUCCAUGCUGAGAAUGUUGUCUACCCAACGGCUGUUCAUCAGCAUGGGGACACCCAAACGCUCUAUCGAGCAUCAUCGAGCAAUGGGGAUCAUGAGGAUAAUGUUCCAGCAAGUUCAGUUCAGGUCGUGAACAAUGCACCCUAUGACACAGCAAUCUCAUCAGAAUUCAUCCCACAUGAUGCAGUUCAGCAGUAUAUAGCACAACAUGCCGGAAAUGGAGUCUACCCACCCGUUUACUACCCCCAUGGAGAUAAAUCCGGCGGAUUUACCGUCCAAACAGGCUACGAAGGCUACCUCGUGCCCGCCAUUCCGCAAAAACAACAACCAUCCAGCAUGGAUUACCUCCGUACCCUCAUGCCAUCAUUCCCAGUGACCUUCCUGGCCAUUGCUAGGCGCGUAAUUUACAUGCUCUUCCAAACACUCGGCUACAUCUUAGCUGGUGGUAGCAUCACAGCUGCUGUGUGUGCUGUAACACCCUUCUGUAGGCUCACCUUCCUCGGAUUGCCAUUCCUGCGGAUGAAGGAAUCCGCAAAGACAAUCACGGACACAAUUGCCAAUGAAAUAACGGAAGAGAGGGUGAAAAGAGCAGCGGAAUUGGUUAAAAUAGCUCUGGAAAAGUACCAAGAUAUGCAAUUGGAAAGUGAAGAUGAUAAGAAAGAAGUUAAGCAAAUCCAGUGAAGAAUUCCCACCACACCAACCAUCAGCAUUAUUCCUCAUAAUAUUUAUGAUAUAAAAUAAAUAUUCAUUUAGCUUUUUUUUUUAGGUAUUUUAAGUUUUGUAGUCCAAAGGUAUUCAUUAAAUAAAAAUUUAUACAUUUACAA